AGAGAUCGGACCUGCCGGAAGAGUGGGGAGCUCAUAUAAGACACGAAGCCAAACGCCUCUCCCAGUGACCAGUCUCGACACGAAAACUCAUCAGCCGAGCUUCUUCGGUACCUAUAAGAAUCCGCUUCACGCUUCCAGCCCCACCUUUGGAUGAUUCCAGGCCACCGGAUCGAAAUUCGAGCAAUUUCCAGUUAAUCGAAUUGGUCUUGUCCAAGGCCGAGCAGAAGACAAGUCGCAGAAAUGGUGUCGUCCCAGGCUCUCUCGUUACUCUUGCUGUUCCUGGUUGCGCACGGAUCGCAGGGGCAGAAACAGCAGCAAGAAGAUCCUUGCCAAACGAAAUCCAGAGUGGUCGGUGACAUAGAGUACUGCGAUCGUUACUGGGAAUGCGUGAACGGGCGUCCAGAAUUAUUCGACUGUCCAAACGGUCUUGUUUUCGCUGGGAAGCAUCGAGGCGUGACCGAGGGCUGCGACUAUCCCUGGAGGGCGAACUACUGCGACGGAAAGCGGCAGGCUAAUCCACCGAUCCCUGCCGAGCAUUGCGACUGGCUCUACGGUAUAUUCGGCCACGAGACUUCCUGCACGCGGUACUGGACCUGUUGGAACGGAACCGCCACGGAACAAUUGUGCAUCGGUGGACUUUUGUACAACGAGAGGGCAAGGUCCUGCGAUUGGCCCGAGAACGUGGAAGGAUGUCAAAAGCAUCCCCUCUGCAACGACGACGCGAAUGGGAACGUUCCCCUGGGCAAAUCGUGCAAUCGUUACUGGCAAUGUCAAGGUGGAUACCCGCGAUUGCAGAGAUGCCCCGCGAUGCUGGUGUUCGAUCGAAGGUCGCUGAGGUGCGUCGUCCCGCCCACCGAAGACUGUGACGUACCCACGACCCCACCCAACCUCGAGGGCGAUCUGCCCGAUGGAAGGAACGAGCAGGAAGCGGAGGAAGAGAAUCUUCCGCCCGGUGUUCCGCCAUUGCCGGCCGGCGCAUUGCCCAUACCG